AUGACCCGACAGCGACCUCUCUGGCAAUACAUCCUUCUCUUCCUCUCCUUCCUCUCUUUCUCCCUCGCAGCAUCACCAACAUCCUUCUGCAAAUGCACCUGUAACACCAACAGUACCAUCAUUCCCCUCGAUGCUCCUCCCUCGGCCGAUAAGCCUACUGCGCCUUCAACAUCUUCGAAGCGACUCUUCUUACGCGACGAACCACAACUCGCCCUGGCCCUAUCUCCUCGCGAUAUCCUCCCUACCGACGGCGCCGAAAACAGAGUCCACGGCAGAACCUGUGCAGAUUGCAAUAAGCAGUUCUGUCUUUCAUACAAUCUGCCUAUAUGCGCUGGGGUGAAAGAAGAGAAUGUCUUUACGACAUGUUUCCAACGCGAUAGUGUGAAGGAUCAGCUUGUCGUCUGGAUCUUUAUUGUGGCCACCCUGGGCUUGUUGACUUGGGCAACUGUGAAGCCAUGGUGGACGAGGUGGAGGGAAGGAUAUAGGGCUGUGCCUGCCGGAUGAUCAGGAGGAGAGCUACAUUCAAGUUGUGCUGCGAUACAACCAUGACUACCAAUGCACGUUCGCAAGCCGACAUCGCCAGUUUCAAGCCAUGUCAUACUGCCAACGCAAGCCUCGUUGAGUGUUAGCGACAUGUGUACAUCUGCCCAAGGGCCGAAAGCAGCUCGAAGAAACGAUGCGCCAUCAUUCGGCCACCGAUCACGGCAUCGCAGUCAGUUGCGACUCAGUAUACCCUGCCAGUAUACGCGAGGACGCAGCAUCGUACUCGAGUGCCAUUCAAUGGUAUAACCGAGGACACAGCGUCUCGUUCUGGGCUCCCUUGAUUUAGGAGAGCUUGCAAAUCUCAUGGAUCAUCUGUUGGAGAGAAGCGAUGAUGAGAAUAGACCACACACAAGAGGCAGAGCGUUUGAUGGAGAAAGCCCC